UUUCAGUCUGGACCAAAGUGGUGGACCGACCGACAGACCUACAUUGCCACCCCUAGAGCCUUGCUGUUAAAAAACCAAACAAAACAGUUUUUAUAUUAUUUUGUUUGCCAGAGGGACUGUGGAAAAUUAAAAGUCAUGAACAUUAUAUCUGACAAAAUAUCCAGUAACUGAGGCGCAGGUCUGUUAAGAAUAUCCAGCAUUUGAUAGAUUAGUUGGCUAGCUUUUAUCAUAAAUGUUACAGAUAGUGAAGAAUUUAUAUGGGGAGAAUAUCAGUGGGCUUAGUAUUUUGUGAAAUAUGUAACUUGAUGUAAACUGAUCUAAGAAAACAUAACAAAAGCAACAAGACGUUCUAUUAAAAAUAGUCUUUAAACCUGAGAUUUAUCAAGUGAUUUAACAGACUGAGGAGUAAAUUGACCAUGAUAUGUAAAAUGUGUAGUGCCCCUUUAACAGAAGUAAAAAUCUCAAGAAAAAUAAUUAUAACAGGAGUGCCCCAGUGGGUGGUGUCCCCACCACUUACUGGGGCACUCACCACCCACAGGUACUCCCCACUUUAAUAGACACUAAAGUGGAUGGUUAAAAGUAAAAACCCUCCAAUGAAUAUGGGUUAGUGUGCUAAUAAAUUUUACUUUAGAAGAACUCAAGGACACUUAAAUUGACUUUUAUUGAAAAUAAUUGCCUCAAGACUUUUUCUCAGCCUUCUCAUGUUACAGUGUAGAAAAUUAUAAAUUGGUAACAAUAUUGUAAUCUUUAAAACAUUUUGUAGUGGCAAGGUCAAGCACAAGCCAUGGGUACGAACUUGGAAAAAGUGUCUAAGAAACCAUAUUUGGCACACUAUCAGGCUGGAAAAAAUCCAGGUGAACUAUCCAAGCUGGUGACAGGUACCCUGACCAGAGAGUAUUGGUGAUGUCAUCAAAAGAUGGCACACAAAAGAUGAUCAUAUUCCUGACAUCAGUUAAUCCUUGUUAUCAUAUUCAAAUCAAUUAGAAUUAGAAUAUGAUCUUAGAGGCUAUGUGAUCAGGAUAUGACUGUUAAAAGCAUUACCUCAUUCCUUCAUUCCUUCAAGCGCCCUGAUUAGGUCAACUAUCAAACUCUUAUAUGGAAAAAACUGGUAUCAUGACUAAUAUUGGAACAGGAACAUGACACACAACAUCCCUGUGAGGAAACAGCAAGAGAAUCACUAAUUUCAUGCGCCAAUUGAACUUAAGUGUAGAAACAUAUUCCUUAGAUACAUUACCAGAAUAAUAAAAAUGCCUAUUUGAUGGCACAGUGUGACAGAUAUUGCUAAUUUCCGCCGAGGGGAAGAACAUCUUACAUUACAAGUUUUGCUAAUAUUGAGAAAGAAGGUCUCAAGGAAAUACAGAAAGUUGAUUGGGAUAGGCAACUAAGCCCUGUGUGUUAUUCAAAUUAAAAACCCACUGUGAAUUUGACUUCUCGUCACCGCAUAUUGCUUAUUUAUUUCAUCAUACUGAUUUUACCAUCACAGGCCAUUGGGAUGCUGUUAUACAAAUGCAUGAAAGGUAUUGGGAAAUCCCUCCUGAAGAAUAUAAAAUGACAGCCCAUCGCAGAGAAAAGGCUACUCCUUCUGGCCCUGACAGCCCUCAGCAUCAGCGGAAACUCAACAAGUGCUUCGCAGCUGCGCAACAUGCCCUAUAAACUCAACGCGUACCUGCUCUCUGCAGUGAUGCUGGCAGCUCUGCUGCAGUGCGCUCCCGGAGCUCCAGCUGAAUACGCGCCCACCGACAGCCCGGCAGGUGACUCCUCAGGUGAGGAGGAGGAGGAGGAGAGGCCCUCUGAACUACUGAGCGUCUCCAAGGAGUUGGAGUUGAUCCUUGGCGCAACCAAACGCCACAGGGAGGAGUUUGAAGAUGAAUUCCAAACUGAGGUGAAAUAUGACUUUCUGAGGCACUACACAGUCUCCUCACUUCCAGCAAGCUGCCCUUACUCCAACUUCAGCAAGGAGGCUUGUCUCCACAGGUUGGCCCAUGGGCUGCCUAUUUACAGAGUUCUUCUCAAGUAUGUGGAGAAGGAGUGCCCCAGCAGCCGGAUCCCCUCAGAGGCCAGAUUCUACGGAGGCCUCCUGAUCAGUCAGAUCAAAGAAAAGAUGAAGAACCCUGAACAGGUCACGGCACUCACCAGCAGCCAGGAGAAUAAGCUGCUGAAGGACCUCGACAACCCCGACACUUUCCACAGAAAGAUGACGGCACACAGCAUCCUGCGCCAGCUCCACUACUUCCUUGUCGACGGCAAAAGAGCUAUUAAAAAAAGGGAGUUCAGAGCAAGUAUGGCCAACAGGGGCAUGGCACCUGUUACUUUCUAUUACCAAAAGUUAAAAAUAUGAAGGUAUUAAAAAUCACUUAUUACGUAAUACCUCAGGGAAAUUGGAUGGUGUUAAAAGUACAUGUUCUGAGUACACCAACUGUACUGUUGGUAUAGUGGGUCUAUCAAUCUAUGACUGUGUAAAUCUUACAGACCUCAAGGCUUGAACCAACCACUAUUACACAACUUAUUUAACCUAUUUAUGCUUAGUGAAAAGUGAUAUUUAUUAGUCAUAGGAAAAUCCAUGAUUGUGGGUUUCUUGCACUAAAAAUGCAAUUUGUACUUGAUUUUAGAGUUGGUUAAUUUCUUGAUUGUUAUUACUUGAGCAGCAUUGUUAGGAAAAGCAAUAAUUGCAUCAUCUAUUUUUAUAAACAAUAAGUUUAUAUUUACAGUACUUUUAACUGUUAUUUAUUUACAACUAUUAUUAUUAAACUGAAUUUGCUGUUCAUUUAAUUACAAUGCAAUGAGCUGUGCUUUGAAGGCAAAACAACCAAUUCUGUAAAUAUGCAGAAAUAAAAAAAAAAAACUAUUUGCA